AUGGCUGCCGUCGCAACAGAAGCCCCCAAGAUGGAUGAGCAGGUCGACCUCACCACCAUCCCCGUCGACCCCGCUGGCAAUGAAGAGUCUUCCGACGUCAAGGACGACAAGCCCGUCACUGUUUUCCACGACAAGGACAACUUCAACGUCAAGCACCCCCUCCAAAACAAGUGGACUCUCUGGUUCACUAAGCCCCCGAGCGGCAAGGGCGAUAACUGGAACGAUCUCCUCAAGGAAGUUAUCACCUUUGACUCUGUUGAAGAGUUUUGGGGCGUCUAUAACAACGUUGCCCCCGUCUCCGAACUCUCUCUCAAGUCCGACUACCACCUUUUCAAGGAAGGUGUUCGCCCCGAGUGGGAGGACCCCCAGAACAAGCAUGGUGGCAAGUGGUCUUACCAGUACAAGGACAAGCGCAACAUCGACAUCGACCGUCUCUGGCUCCAAGUUAUGAUGGGCGCUAUUGGCGAGACUCUUGAGAACGAGGAUGACGGCGAAGUCAUGGGUGUUGUCGUCAACGUCCGCAAGGCCUUCUUCCGUAUCGGUGUCUGGACUCGCACCAUAGGAAAGGCGAUUCCCGGCCGAGGUGAUGGUGAUGUUGCUGGUGGCAAGGGCCGUAGCGGAGAGAAGGGUAAGGAUAUUCUCCUGUCUAUUGGACGUCGCUUCAAGGAGGUUCUUGAGCUGCCCGCUUCCGAGCAGGUUGAGUUCUCUGGUCACACCGACAGUGCUCACUCUGGAAGCACAAGAGCCAAGGCCAAGCACGUUGUUUAA